AUGCCGACAGCCGGAUAUUUUUGUGAAAGUAAUUUUGGUUGGGAAGGAAUAUAUUAUUUAAUGGCUAUUUUAACUUUAAUAUUUACAAUUGUUUUCUUUUUUAUUUUUCGUGGUUGUCCUUCUGAACAUCCAUGGAUAUCUGAAAUUGAAUUAAAACAAAUUGAAUUUGGAAAAACUGAAAAAGAAAUGAGAGAAAAUAAAAAGCAACAAAACCCCCCAUAUUUUAAAAUAUUAACUGAUUGGACAAUUUGGUUAUUAUUUUUAGGAUUUUUUUGUGAUGAAAUUGCUUUUCAAUUUAUUUCAGAACUUGGGCCAUAUUAUUUAAAUAAAGUUCUGGGUAUAAGUAUUGCCGGUACUGGAUAUUUCUCGGCAAUUCCCUAUUUACUUUCUUUAAUUACAAAAUUAUUAAUUGGCCCAAUUAAUGAUAAAUUACUUUCGAAAAUAUUUAGUGAACAAUUUAGAACUAAAUUAUUUGCUGCUAUAUCUCAAUAUGGAAUUUGUAUAUCAAUGGCUGGUUUAGCUUUUAUUCCUCUUUUAAGUUCAUCUCUUUGGUUAAUUUUACCUUUCUUUUCAAUUUUAAAUAUUUUUACUGGAUUUAAUUUUCUUGGAUUUUUUCGAUAUUCACAAAAAAUAUCUGCAAAACAUUCAGAAUUACUCAUUUCUUGGAUUAAUAUAGUAAUAAGCAUUGUCCCUCUAAUCCUCCCAGGAAUUGUUGCAGCCGCGGCGCCAAAUGAUACAAUUAAACAAUGGACAAAUAUAUUUUUAACAAUUUCAAUUCUUGUAUUUAUUUCAAUAACUAUUUUUAUGUUAUUUGCAAAAUCUAAACCAAGAAAAUGGGCUUUAGAAAUAAAUGAUAAUAAAAUAAUUGAAGAAAAAUAA